AUGGAUGCCACAUCCCCAGCUCCACAGGAGACUGCUAGUUCCGGAGGCUUAAGUCGUGGGUGCCAGUGGCUCAAGGCCUUGCGUAACAAGUUCAAUGCCAGGGUAACGGAGAUUGCUAGGAAGACAAAGCAAAUAGGACAACAAGAUCCAAGAAGGGUCUAUCAUUCCCUGAAAAUGGGACUAGCUCUCACUUUGGUUUCAGUGUUCUAUUACUUUCAGCCAGUCUAUGAUGGUUUUGGAGACAAUGCAAUGUGGGCUGUACUAACUGUUGUUGUUGUGUUUGAAUUCUCUGUAGGAGCCACACUAGGAAAAGGUUUAAACAGGAUGUUGGCGACUUUAACAGCAGGUGCCCUGGCCCUUGGAGCUCAUCGCAUAGCAACUCUUUCUGGGAGGACGGAAGAACCGAUCUUAAUUUCAACCUUUGUCUUCAUAACGGGCUCAAUUGUAACAUUCAUGAAAUUCAUUCCAAAAUUGAAGGCAAGGUUCGACUACGGGAUGACAAUAUUCAUCUUGACAUUCUGCUUAGUAUCUGUUUCGGGUUACAGAGAUGAUCAAGUACUGGAAAUGGCCCAUGAAAGGGUAACGACAAUUAUUAUUGGGAGCUGUAUUUCCAUCUUUGUUUGUGUUUGCAUUUACCCGGUUUGGAUUGGGGAGGAUCUCCACAAAUUGGUGGCUAACAACAUGGAAAAGCUUGGAAAUUAUUUGGAAGGUUUUGGCGAUGAAUAUUUUAAGGUAUCGGAGGAGGAGACGCAGACCAAUGAUAGUGAACCAUUUCUCCAAGCAUAUAAAAGUGUUCUGACUUCUAAAAGUAGUGAAGAAACAAUGGCUAAUUUAGCAAGAUGGGAACCGGGUCAUGGCCGAUUUAGGUUCCAUCAUCCAUGGAAAAAUUACCUCAAAAUCGGAAAUCUAACUCGGGAAUGCGCCUACAAAGUUCAAGCUCUUAACAGCUACCUCAACUCUGAGAUCCAGACUCCAAUAGAAAUCCGAAGCAAAAUUCAAGAGUCAAGUACAAAGAUUAGCCUCGAAUCUAGUAAAGCUUUAAAGGAAUUAGCAUCCACAAUUAGAAAAAUGACUCGAACAAGAUCAGCUGAUCCGCACAUUGCAAACUCAAAGACAGCUGCUGAAGAGCUCAAAACCUUACUCAAAACAACCUUUUGGGAAGAAGAAGAACUACUACAGAUACUACCAGCGGUUUCAGUUGCUUCCCUUCUGCUAGAGAUUGUUGAAUGCGCCGAGAAAAUUGCAGAAGCUGUCUAUGAAUUAGCCAAAGAGGCAUCCUUCAAGCGCACAGAUGCUACAUUCCACCGCGGAGUAGUCCAGCCUGCUCCUAAUAAUAUUGAUGCAUCAAAUCACACUAUUACUAUUGCUGAAUAA